UUGUUCAGUAUGAGAAAUCAUGGAAAGAGACCAACUUCAAGAUACAAGGAGGCCCCAACUUCAAGAUACAAGGAAGCCCACCGGAAAACAAUUAUGGGAACACGGUUUCAUGAGCUAUUCUUUACCCCACUCCCUCCUGAUGCCAAUCCUGCUAAAGUUCAAGCUCUCCUUCAACCUACAGGUGUUCAGUGCAAAGAUGUUAGACUUCACAAAGGAGUAAAAGGAAUCAGUGCAUUUGUCGUAUUUCAUUGUGAUGCUGAUGCUGCUGCUGCUCUUAAAGCAUUUAGAACUGACCCUUUAUUCAUAGAGAACAAGAGAAUUGAAGUGAGGUACACUAUGAACUAUUCUAAUGAAACCAUUAAUCAUAGUCAGCAAGUUACAGCUAGAAUAAAACAAGCAUUCAGUUGGAUGACAGAACAUAACAUCAGUGCCAGAGAACUGCCAAACGAGCUUGAAACCUUGGUUGGUACAACCAAUUUCACUGAUAUUGAUACCAAUUUCACUUGCAAAGAUAGGCACACUGAGUGUGCAUUCUUCAGUCAUGUCACAAAAUCUGGAGUUGUUGAGGAGUCACAUGAUACUUUACCUGUUGAAGCACCAGAAAGUGUAAUUUACAAACCAAAUGAGAUUUUGCAACUGUACAAAAAAUCACAAGAGCCUGCAAACCAGGGUCCAAAAGUUAGUAAAUCUUCCAAAAAGAAGUCUGCUAAGAAGAGACAAGCUCUUGCUAAAAUAGAAGCGGAACUUACCAGACAAGCCAACAUUGCUCCCCUUGAACCUGGUAUGGGAAGAGGUUUCUGUCAGCAACGUCCCAGAAUCUCUCCAGUUAUAUCACAAGCAAAUAUCGCAAAUUUGCCCAUCAGUAUCAAUAAACCAUGUGCCGUAAUAUGUCCAACUAAAAGACAGGACAUUCCUACUUUUAGCCUCAUGGAGAAGUUUCCGGAAGCUAGUCCAGAGAAACUCUUCCAGGCUAAAAAAGAAACUCACAUACCACGUGAUCUUACAGAAGGGAGAAGUAUGUUCAUGAGUCCUGAAGAAGUUACCAACAAAUUCUCUGAGCAUGGAAAAGAGAAGAGUGGGCUACCUGAGUCCAGAAAGUGUAUGGGUAGAGGAAGAGGCUACAUAAAUCUUAGUGCGGAUAAGUUACAAGAAUUCAAGAGCAAAUUUUGAUCCGUUAAAAUCAGUGUGAUCUUUGUUUUUAGAAUGUGAUGAUAGUUGCAGUAUUGCCACUAUUACAGUUUGAUAAUGGUAUAUACUUUUAAUUCCUUUGCUCAACAAUUUAUACUGUAAAUCCAGAACACGCUUUUAAUUCAUACACUGUUAAACUCCAAAAACAACGCGAAAUUUGGGUUUGGGGAUGAGUGAAAAUGUGGCUGAACCCCCCACAAUUUUUUAUGUUGUGCUUUUUAUCCAUGGAAAUAUUUUAAUUUUAAUCAUUUUUUAUCAUAAUUUGGCUCAGGCUAGUAAUCCUGGUAUAAUUUUAUUUGUAUGAUCAGAGUAAAACUUCAUUAUAUAAUCGCUUUAUUGUAUUGCUACUGACCCUCAAAUUACU